AUUAUCAGUUGAAUGAAUUUGUCAUUUUAGAUCAUUUGUGUUUUUAUUUCUUGUGGAGCGGGUGUUCAAAUAGUUCGGCUCGUAGUAAGAUUGGAGUUUAUGCUGAGUUGUGUUCCAAUAUUUACGUAUUAAGACAUAGGGAAGUCGCGUUGUGAAAUAGCAAGUUCUCGUGGAAGUUGUGCAUUCGAGUUUACUUUGUGGAUCUAGACUGAACCUUGGAAAGAUGCCGGAGCAUAUUUUGGAGUCUUGUGUGCCGCUUCCGAUUCCGGAAAAGGAGCUAAUCGAAGUUACAGUGAAAGCGAAGGAUUGGGCCAUUAUGCAUGGCGCUGGGAUGCGCUCGAAAACAGAUUACAAUCCGGAUAAUAUGUUUUUUGUACCAUUCAUCCUGACGCCAUCAUCAUUCCCUCGCAAAGAAUUUAAUAGAGCCAUCAAGCUACAAAAGAUCCUAAACGAACUAAUGCAUUGGGUUGCACAUGACGUCGAGUUCCUACGCACUACACUUGCUCAAACUAUAAAAGUAGAUGAUUUCACCGCCAAGUUAUUUGGUCUUUACGAAGCGGUUUUGGAAAAGGGAGUGGUCCAGCCUAUUAGUUUGGGACUGAUUCGAUCUGAUAUUAUGCUGGAAACACGCUGUGGGGACAACAAUGAAAGAAAAACAAAAUGUUAUUGUUGUUGGAAACAAGUUGAAAUAAACACGAUAGCUUCGGGUUUCGGUCAUUUGGGCCCAAUCAGCAAAGAAAUACAGAGAUAUGUUUUACAAGAAUUGGAUCAAGGCUCUAAAUUGAAAGAUCUUCCUGAAAACAAUGCCCUUUCAGGAAUAUGUGCUGCUAUGGCCCGUGCUUGGGAAGUUGCUUCAAAUCCGGCUGGAGUUAUUUUAUUUGUUAUCGAAGAUGUCUCUUACAAUAUUUGUGAUCAGAGGUUCCAUGAAUUCGAAAUUCGUGAAAAACAUCCACAUAUCAAAGUCGUUCGGAAAACGCUUACACAAAUCUUUGAACAAGGAUCACAUGGACCAAAUAAAGAGCUGAUUGUUGACGGCAACUACGUAAAUGUUGUGUACUUUCGUGCUGGCUACGAACCUGGACACUAUCAUUCACAAAACGAAUGGGACGCCAGAUAUCUAAUUGAAUUCUCGAAAGCUAUCAAAUGUCCAACAAUUAAUUAUCAUUUAGCUGGAACAAAGAAAGUUCAACAAGCGCUUGCCGCUCCGGGGAUAUUGAAGAGAUUCGUAAAUGACCCUGAGAAGAUUCAAGCUAUUCGAGAAAUAUUCACUGGACUCUACUCACUAGAUGAUGAUGAAGCUGGAAAUGAAGCGUAUAAAAUGGCCUUAGCAGAUCCUGAAAGAUUUGUACUAAAACCACAGCGUGAAGGUGGCGGCAAUAACGUUUAUGGAAAGGAUAUUCCUGCAGUGUUAGAGGCGAUGACUCCAACCGAGCGUUCAUCGUGGAUUCUGAUGGAGAGGAUUCAACCGCCAAUUUCCCGUGGAUACAUGGUCCGACCAGGUGGUCCAAUGCCUCCAACACUUGUUGACUUAGUAUCAGAAUUGGGCAUUUUCGGUGCAAUAAUUGGGGAUAAUACGAUGAUCAUUGAAAAUUACCAAGCAGGUCAUAUGUUGCGCACAAAAUUGACGACUGCUAAUGAAGGGGGAGUUGCUGCUGGUGCCGGUGCUCUCGAUAGUCCAUAUCUUACUGAUUAGCUAUAAAUUCAAAUCACAAUCAUCACAAUUCAAAUGUGUACUCGCGAUAACUGUUUUUUAAGUAAAAUUAGCUAGAGAAUUUAUACAUAUUUUUAUAGUGCACGUCUUCGUUUUUCGUUUUUUAUUCAACAAUAACGAAUAUAUUGUCAGUUUUGUAAUACAAGUAUUCCAUGUGAUUUUAAACGUAUACGUUCAUUCACAAAAUUAUAUAUUUUUUUUUUUCAGAAAUAAAAUCUUAAGUCCGUACU